AUGGCUCACGACGAGCCUCAAUCCCAGUCUGGGAUCCAGCCAGAGACUACCCAGCAGGUUACUACUGCCAUGGGCGACGACAAGAAUGCCCGGGAUAUCUCCCACGUCGAGCGGGUGCUCUCUCCGGAUGAUGGCCUGGAGAAGGACACGAUGGAUACCUCACGAGUCGACAAGGAGGUUCAAAUGUACUCCAGCACCAGAGUCGUCGUCAGCGAAGCAGAUGACAAGCGACUCAAGAAGAUGAUCGAUCGUCGUGUCUUGGUUAUUAUGAUCUUGACAUACUUCCUGCAAGCCCUCGACAAGGGUACGAUGAGUUUCUCCUCGAUCAUGGGCAUCAAGACUGAUGCUCAUCUGGAGGAUGGCCAGAAGUACUCCUGGCUCACCACCUGUAUCUACAUCGCCGUCCUGAUCGUCGAAUACCCUACCAACUGGAUCAUCCAGCGCGUUCCCAUCGGCAAAUACCUCGGAAUCAACAUUUGCCUGUGGGGCACGAUUCUGGCUCUCCACUCUGCCUGCCACAACUUCACUGGUCUGGUGAUUGUCCGAACCCUGCUGGGUAUCUUCGAGGCCUGCUGUCAGCCUACCUUUGUCAUGCUCUCCUCCAUGUGGUACAAGCGUGAGGAGCAGGCCGCGACCGUCACUUACUGGUACAUGAUGAACGGUGCUCAACAGAUCGUCGGCGGUCUGCUCGCCUACUGCUUCACCCUUAUCGGCAGUGACAAGGUUCUCAAGUCCUGGCAGGCACUGUUCCUCUCCUACGGAUGUCUCUCCGUCCUGUGGGGUCUGUUCGUCAUCUGGUGGUUGCCCGACUCGCCUAUGCGUGCCAAGUGCUUCAGCGAGGAGGACAAGCACAUGAUGGUCGAGCGCCUGCGUUCCAACCAGACCGGUAUCCAAAACAGACAGUUCCGCUCGUACCAGGUGUGGGAGGCUCUCCGUGACCCUCAAACCUGGUGCUACUGCAGCAUCCAGAUGUUCACCACCCUGCCGACCAGUGGUCUGGGUGCCUUUGCCAAUAUUAUCAUGAAGAGCUUCAACUUUACCACCCUGCAGAGCCAGCUUUUGGCCAUGGUGUUGGGUUUCUAUAUUAUCGUCAUCCUGCUCACUUCUGCCUGGUUGGUGAAGAAGUAUAAGCAGAACUUGCUGGUCAUGCUGGGCUUCGUUAUCCCAUCCUACAUCGGUACCAUCGUCCUGAUGACCGUCAAGAACACCACCCUGGCCACCAAGGUCGGUCUCCUGAUCAGCUACUACAUCACCCUCUCCUUCUGGUCCGCGCAAACCCUCUGCCUGUCCAUGGUCUCCCGCAACAUCGCCGGCCAAACCAAGAAAGCCACCGUCGUCGCCGCAACCUUCAUCUCCUGGGCCGCCGGAAACGCCAUCGGCCCUCAAGUCUUCCUCGACUGGGACGCACCCCGGUACCACAUUGCCUGGAGUGUCCACCUCGCCUGCUACGCCUGCAUGACCGUCGCAGUUAUUUACCUGCGCUUCCACCUGAAGCGCCAGAACAAGCGCAAGGAUGAGCUGGUUGCGGCCGCGGAUCUUACCGCUGCGGACCCGAACCUGAUUCACGCUUUCGAGGAUAAGACUGAUCAGGAGAAUCUGAACUUCCGAUAUGUUUACUAG